AUGUCGACUCAAGACUCUAACCGCGAUGCUGCUGAACGACUCAAAGUCCUAGGCAAUAAGCUUCAUCAAAACGGAGAAUACCUAGGAGCCUAUGUGAAGUAUUCGGAGGCUAUCCAGAAAGACCCCAAGAAUGCCGUCCUCUACGCCAAUCGCGCGGCGAGCAGCCUGGCUCUGAAAAAGCUACCGAGCUUGACCCCAAAUACGCGAAGGCCUGGGCAAGAAUUGGAACUGCAACACAUGUGCAUUGACGCAUGGGAGACAGCUUUGAGCUGCCUGCCCACGGAACAGGACAAGCUGUCAGCAGAAGAGGCUAGGUUGAAGGCUCAAUUCCAGGAGGGUUUGCGGAAAGCCCAAGCAGCUAAGGAAAAGCCUCCUCAGGUGUUCGUUAUACCCUCUUCAGGUGCAAAGCAACUGCCAUGGCAAAGGGCCACUGCUAUGCAAGCUAAGCUAAUUGCUGAUCAUAAUGUUGCAUCAAGUCCCAGCUCUUAUGUCGCUUUCCUCCCCUUUAUUCACAUUCCGUCUUUAGGAGUUCAGCAAAGGGGUAGAAACAAUGAAGUUGAUAAAGUCUGGUGUUGGGGCAAAUGGCACGUCUACAUGGGAAGGAAAACCAGGCAUAUCAGCAACGGUAUUCUGCGAGACAGUCGAGUUUUCCACAUGGACUGUCCUGACUGGACGGAGAAGUAUAACCGCCAAGUGGUUCUCGAAGCGCAGGUUUUCAAAGCCUGGGUUACUGCUGGUCCUGCAGAACUGAAAAAGGAGGCACCCGACAGAGUGAAGAAAGAAGGCUGGCAGUCAGCUCGUGAUGCCUUGGCCACCACAGUCAGAGCAUGGAUUAUUCAAGCGUUCAUUCAAAACUCGUUUGGUAGACACACCGCUGGUGUAGAAUUUUUCUCUCGUGCAGUUGAUGUUCUUGAAUGGGGCCGCCGAGUCUGGAAAGAUGUUCCCAAGGAUGAUCGUGGUGCCAUCUUUGAAGUUACCUUUGUGCGAGGGGUUAAGAGGCUCUAUUUGUCGGCGAUGCAUCAGUAUCUCUGCCAAAAAGUUCCCAACUGCUCAUAUACCAAGGAGGAUCUUGCGGAAUUGGCUCGGGACAUCAUCGUCGACACCGAUACAAAUUCCCGAAUUUCUCCAGAGCCCGUGGAUCCAGGAUUUGUAUCCUCCUUCUACAUCUAUCCUAAAGGUGAAGCAUUUUCCAUGCUUGGAUGGUACCAUAUGCAAACCGCCUUUCAAUCGACUGUAGCUGAAGAUCAAUAUCUUCAUUACACAAAAUCGGCAACUUACUACACGGACGCCGCCGAAUGCUUCCCAGAAGAUGAUGAGCACCAUUGCACCUUCCUAAAAAUCGCACUGGAGGCAUAUACCUUCCGCGGCACACCAGUGAAACAGGUUCUAGCGCUUUGCAAACGAAUUCGCCUUGCAAUUCCGAAGAUGAAAGCCAUCUGGGAGGUUUCUUCGUUUUCACAAGGUGGUGGAGACAAACUUCUUCAACAGGCCCUGGACAUGGAGAUGAAGCUGCAGCGCAAUAUCCUGGAAGGCCAAAUCAAUCCUGAUUCCAGUGUCAAGCUACAACGUUAGAUCUGGUUGAGUGGAACGUAUUCCCCAUAUAUUGCAGGAAUUCACUUUGCGAUCAUCGAACUACUGUAACUUUGAGAACAUCGGAGUUUAUAGCUACUUGCAGUCCACACACUUUUAGACCUAACACACUUUUAGACCUAGUCGAAAUAUUAUAUGUACAUACCAGAUAUUCGUCGAUGCUUGUUGGAUGUUUGAACCGAAUUGAAACUAUGGAUCAUGUGGCUGUC